AUGAAUACGUACACUACGGAUACAGUUACUACCGUGGUCUCCGCCGUCUCCGUAAGGUCUUCGACCAGGGUAGAUAACAAAGCUACCGUUAGUGAACCGCUGAUACCGGACGACAACCAUACGAUUGGAACGAAAAGAAAACGGUCGCCGUCACCGAUAGAUUACGCGCAUUCGAAGAAAUUCAAAAAAUGUUGUCCGAAGUGUGACGAAAAACGGCCGCGUACGUUUAUGUGAUUUUCCGUUACAAUACUAUUUUCGUUCACUGUUGUACACAACAGUCGUAGCGUUACUGAACGCUAUUUUCAUAACUGUAUACAUUUGAAAUAUUGCAUUAUUGUAGUUUUGUUUUGUUUUGUUUUGUUUUUUUUUGAAUCGAUAAUCGCAAAACAUUUUAGAGCAUUAGCCGAUGUUCAACCUGUUCGGGUCCUCAGUACCGGCUAACUACGCGGGUGGGCUAAAUUAUUAAGCUACCGAAUUAUUUUCAAACACUAUCGUCCAGAGAGUAUACGAGGUGUGGCUAUUAAAUAACGAGACUGGUUACGAAAAAGUGUUUUAUUAUAAAAAUUAUUCUACAUUCAAAUGCUCCCCUUCAACAUACUCCCCUCCCCUCGCCACACACCGUUUCAUUCGUUUCUUCCAUUGCUCGAGGCAGUGCUGGAAGUCUGUUUUCGUAAGACCAUUCAGGGGUUCCGCCGAUUUUUGUUUCACCUCUUCCAUCGACUCAAACCGGAUUCCUUUUAAGGCAGACUUUAUCUUCGGAAACAAUUAAAAGUCGCAGGGUGCCAAGUCGGGUGAGUAAGACGCGUGUUCGAGUACUGGAGUGCCUUAAGCGGCCAAAUAACGCUUCACGCUUUAUCCUGGUACAAGAUCCACGACUUGUUUUUCCACAAUAUCGACCGUUUCUUACGAACUCAUUCGCGCAAUGUUGCUAAAACUGUCAAAUAGUAAUGUUGGUUCACAGUUUGACCCUCUGGAACCCAUUCAGUCAUCACGAUGCCGUUGAUAUCGAAGAAAACGGUUUUGAAUUUGGAUUACGACUGAAUUGGAUUCCGGUGCACUCUCGACCAUCAGAAAAUAAUUUAUGCCACUCAAAAACACGCGCCCGAGAUAGGAAAUCCUCACUAUAGGCCUCUUUUAACAACUUAUAACACUCAGUUGGAGUUUUUUUUUAGUAUAACGAGAAAAUUGUACGUUUAUCCGUUGCUCAUGUUUUUCGGCACGAGAAAAAAACACGUUCGUUUCAAACCACUACUGCACAAAUACUAUAAUAGUGACGAAAACGUGUUUUGGUACGUGGAUAGAUAGGAUAUCUAGAUACCCAACGCAUUACUCGUUUUUUUCACUACCCAUCUAGGGCGCCCUCUAGGCGAGCAGUCUCGUUGUUUAAUAGCCACACCUCGUAAGCUUACGGUUAGGCAGCAAAACAGUAUUCUCGAAAUCGGGCUGCGAAAUCGACUUACUCGAUUGACACGUCCUACAUCUGUGUAAAGCGUUUUUCUGAAAUGUGCAGGAUUAGUUGUGUCUCCAUCGCGAAGUCCGACGUCUGCGUCCUACAGCCAGGCGUCACCGGCCCCCGGCACGGCGUCACUUUCGUCAGUACCUUUGACAUACUCGUCUUUGAUAAGUGUCCAGUUAAAUCAUACGGUUAUUCGUUUACAGCCAUGGCUAUUACAAUGAUACGCUUGAUGACGCGUCGCCGUCGGACGCGAGUGCUCGACGCGCGUUAUACGAACUGAUACUCAUCGCAAACGAUCCACCGGCGAGUGACGGCUCGCGCGACCGCAGCUCUUACGGUUCGUCAUCAUCGCGGUAAGUAUCUCCGGCCGUAUCCGUCACCGAUAUCGUUCGACGUAAUUAAACGGACCGGAAAAAAAAAAAAACAAAUCGGUGUAGCUACAUCGCGACUCCGUCAAACGCGUUUGAGUUCUUACACUUUUCAAAAACAAUUAAUAACAGUUAUUGUUCGCAGCCGGGUAAAUACGUAUUUCGCAUUAUAAGUAUCGAGUCGAAUAACGCGAUUAUUCGCGUAUUACAAGUGUUACGAGAAAAUGUUUAACGCGUAUUCAGAUUUCGGAUAAAAUUAACAUUGUUCAUUACUCCUAGUAAAAAAAAAAAAAUCAAAUUUUUUUUUUUUUUUUUUCAUUAUCCUUUUUGGAAAUUUCGGAGUUGUAUUCUCUUUCUUUUUUGUGCUUAACCAGUUUUGCAUUAACACCACCAUAUUAUUUAGCUUGUGCCCGACCUGCGAAAGAGACACGCCUUUGAAUGCUACGGUCCCGAUUACAGGCCUUGACGCGUCAUCGUCGUACAAUAUUCUGAAGUCAGUUUCGUACACUAUGGUUUACUGGUCACAAAACCUGCCGUCUUCGUCGAAAUGUCCGGCGUAUCCGGCGUCACCGACGUAAGUGUCUUUGAUAGUGGCGCAAUUUACAAUGGUCGAUAUUCAUAAAAAAAAAAAAAAACCUGCGUAGACAAAUGUCGUGACUUCGUCAAACGGAUAAUUACCAUUAUACGUUUGAAAAUUUAGUUAAAUUUUUUUUCUACCGUUAGUAAGUGUGAAAUUUAAUAUUACGUUUGUUCACACGAUAAAGGCGUAGCCCUACCGCUCCGUCGUACGGUUCGCAAAAUAACGACGAAACCCGUAUGGAUAUCGAUUGA